AUGCAAGCAAACAACCGUAAGGGUCCAAACGACAAAACACCCAUGCCUUGUGCUUUCCAGGAGCCAAUGACGGCACCUAGACACAUGCAAGAUGGCUCAACAGCGGUGGCUGAGCAGCUGGAAACAAUCAAUUUGAGUGAUGACCCCUCCGCCCAAAAGCCCAUCUCCAUCAACAGUCACUUGACGGAUGAAGAGAAGGGAGCUUUGGAGUCUCUAUUAAGGGAAUUCUGA